UUUUUGGUGUAGCGAGGGCCGAGGGGAGAGGUUUUCUAACUUUUUGUUUUUGCAAAGAGCCCCCCAGCCUACUUUAAAGAGAAGUGAAGGGUUUUAUGACAGGGUUUUGGAUAUAGUGUUUGAAGAAGAUGGGGAAGGAAGGUGAGUUGUGGGAUGACUCUGCUCUCGUCCAAGCCUUCGACGAUGCCAUGUCCAAAUACAAGAAAAUGCACAGCAAGAACAGAAACGACGUCGCUUCAGUCCAGGAACAAACAGCUGCUCUUCAUCUUGAAGAUCAUGCGGCUAUAAGGGAUGGAGGAGAUGACUACUUUGUGUCAAAGACCGAAACAGGUAUGAUAGAGGGUAAAAAUCUUGCUCCAGUUGAAGAAAACCCGUGUAUAGGUUCGACACCUGAACCUUACGUAGAUUUGUCAAAGGGUGUGGUCAUGCAAGAAGCAAUUAAUGGCUAUACAUAUUCGCAAGGCACAGAAGAUUACAAUCAGUUACUUGGUCAGUAUUAUGAGCUCGAGGAGAAGAGGCAACAGAUUUUACAGCGGCUGAAUCAAUUUGGUAAUUGGAAUUACCAAUGUUCUGGUGAAAAUUUCAGUACUGGGGCACAGUGGGGUACUUCUACUUCUCAAGAAUAUCAACUCCCUCCGAGCCAAACAUCUCAUCCGGCUGUUGCCUGUUCAUGUUGCCCGUAUGUUUCUCAAUGUUGUCUGGCCCCUUGCACAACAUGUUCUGCUUGUUCUUUGGGUGGUGCUUGCAAUGGUAAAACUUGUACUGAUACUAAUGCAGUAACAGGAUCUGGAAAGUUGCCCUCUGUGGUUGACAGUGACAUUGUCAAUACAGCAAUGGGAGCUGUAGAAAGAGCAAUAUCUUCCAUGAAGACAAAUGAAGAGAUAGAGAAAAAGAAAGGAAAUGAAGGGGAUAUAGCUCAAACUAAUGAUUCUGAAACAGAUCUUACUGUUGUUUUAAAUGCUUGGUAUUCUGCAGGUUUCUACACUGGCAAGUAUCUCACUGAGCAGUCUUUUGCAAAGAAUCAGCACAAGUAAACAUUGUUCAUUGAUGCAUUCACAGGCAAAAUGGGUUCAUCAGAAAUUCUGUCGACCAUACAACAUCUGUCUUGGAAACUUGAGUUUUGAGUGAUUGUAUGUACAUUGUUCUCUUUUGAAAGCCAUAGGCAACAAGACAGUAACUGUGCUUUGUGAUAUCAUGCUAUCAACAUUAUAAAGGUCUUUAUAGAUUUAUGCAAUUACAACAGGUAAUCCAGACAAUGCCACAAGGAUAGUCCGU